AGGGAAAUAUUCGGCUCUAGGUCAUGAAGGACGCUGGACUGAGCGCCCCUCGUUGUUAAAUGAUCAUAUUUAUUUAUACCCUUACAUACUGGAAAUUGCAUACAAAAGUUAAUCAACCUGGUACAAAAACCUAUUAUUUCGAACACUUUUCGUUUUGGCCGAUAAGGCUCGACUGAAACCAACGAAAUACCAAAGUUUUCACCUCGUUACUAUGGUUUCCCAUCGUUUAAAUGAAACUGUAUCAGUAAUUUCUAUCUAUAGCCUAUUGACAAAGCACAGAACAUACACGGCAUAUAAGGGUUUACAAAACUUAGAAGUCAUGAGUACGAAUACAUCAUGUGAUAAAAAUAUUUGUAAUAAUUAUGACUACCGAUAUUCUGAGUUGCAACACGGCCAUGAUUAACUACCUUUCGAAGCACAUGACUCCGGAAGUUGCCACGUUUUCUUAGCAUCGCUCUAUGUCAUCGUGAAUCAUGAAUUCCUUUGGGUUUUCACUCGCUAAAACUUGUUUUUCUUUUUCUUCAUUUUAAUUUCAUAACCUUUUACUGGUCAUUUCAAUUUCUGUUAAAUAGCAUAAAUUGUCACUACGAGGUUCUGGGCACAUCGCGCGCAUAUCAGAGGAAGGGUGUUCUUUUGUAGUGUCACAAGGAAGUUGCGAAACUUUCUAGCAACCCAUGGCAAUACCAUGUUGGUUCUGUGCGAAGUUGUGAUGUCAUGAUCGGAGAUGGAUCUCUAAUACUUGUGCAACUUAAAGGUCCAUAAACAAACCACUAGUGCUUCAUUUAAUUAUCGUUUCCUUUUCUUUUUCAACUCAGGAAAUUGCACAAUCAGGUUCACUUCGUUUCUUCUUUCGUCCUUCGUUCGAUACAAUUUGACUAUUGGCCAGCGCAACCUGCGCAAACAAUGCAGUAAAGACACCGCCAACCUUCAUGUUGUACUUUGCCGAAAUUUCCGCCAAAAUACAGUUUUGUUUUUUCGCUCAGACAGACUCCAUUCCGGUGAAACUGUUCAUGUACUUAGGUUUAUUCUUUUCUUUGUUUUCACACCUUUACUUAUUCCAAGAUAGUUUCGCAAUUUAUUUCUAUACAUGUCGUGACUAACCAACUAUUUUUUCCAUUUGAUAAUUGUGACAUGUCCUCACCGAAACUUCAUGUUUUAGGCUCAGUUUUUCGACAUGCAUAAACUUCUACGCAACUGCUCUAAGUCUGAGAGAUCUCCUUCGUCUACGAUUCGACCCAGUCUCUGACGUAUUAGGACUGUCGUGCUGUUUGUUAUCGCUAACGCUCUGUUAAUAGAGGGGCUCAAAAUGAACAUUUUCCAAACAUCUUACAUACGCCGAUAUAAACAAGCGGUACUUGAUAAACCACAAGAACUGGUCAGACAGGCGCGAUUAUCUUGCAUUUUUUUAACGAGAUUUUAUGGAUGGGUCCAAUCUGCGCCAAUAUGAUUAUUGUUGUAGCUGAUCUGUUAAAUUACCGUAAUCUAUACCAUGCGCUGAACGUUUCCGCUUCAUUCCAUUCCAGAGCUUGUCCAUCUUUUGUCAAUAAUGUGUUGUUCUUCGCUGAACGAAACCGAGUUUUAUCUUCAAAACUUGUUGAAAAUGUCAUUUCCUAACGCCCUAGUUACUGAGUCGAAGAAAAUAAUCUAUUGGAGGUCAAUUGGGGUGAUUGUUUUCUUUGAGGUAAAUCACUUAUACUGCGAUGAAAAUUCUGCUGCAAUAACUGAAAUUUUUGUAACUUAAAUUUAAUCUUCAAAGUAUGUGCUAACUUGAUAAGUUUGGCAAAAGGUAUGAAUCGCUUUCUUGAAAAUGAUAAGAGUAAAAACACUGGGUGAAGAUCAUUUGUUAUUUUGCCCAGUGGAUUAUUUAGGAAAAUAUGCAGAGAGCAAUGGAUAAAAAUGAAGAAAUCCUUCUCGUUAUGCGGCAGAAACAGGUUAAAACAUCGAUAUAACACUUCCUUACUGAUCGUUGAUUAUCUUUACAACUUACAGGAUAUUAAAGUAUUUUUGAUGUGAUGCGUUAAGAGGAUGUCUAGGUUGAGGAGAAAUUGUAGCAUAAAUGUUUAUAUUUGUUAACCAGGAAACGCAUUGCAAUCGCGACGUUCGGGUGAAUUAUAAGUUCUGUAAAUUUUGGCAACACCUUGAGCAGUUAACCAGUGAUACUUGAGGAUCUUACGACUGAAAUACUCGUUUAGUGAUGUCUGAAGUCUUUCGAAACAGUGAAUGCACUACGGCACAACUUCAUUGCCAAUAAUAAUUUUGAAAUUGAGUUUAACUAGAGAGAUCACCAACCAUUUCUUGUGGGUUCAUAGACUAAUACAAACACCUAUUUCUUGGAAAACACUUCGUGAUUGACCAGUGGCGCUAACUAGAGUGUAAUCGUCGCAUUCGGGUCACGUUAUCGUGCUACAUGCCUCAAAAGGGGUGUACCCCUUGUUUUUUACACAGCGUAAACAGUUUGAUGCACUUGAUUCUGAAAAAAUCUGUCAGUAAAGGUUACCAUUAGCGUCUCCUUAUUUUCCUUCUCGCAAUUCCUUCCGAAAAAUAGAAUGUCUCGUAAUCAAGUUAUCGAAUGAAAGGUUUUAUUCAUGGUUGCAAUCUUGAUAAUGAAAGAAAUACUAGUGCGGCUAAAUUGUCAAGGAAAUCGCCAUUGUGGCGCAAUUUUUCAGUCGAUAUCUUAACAUUGAACAUGUUCGUUAUAGCUUCCGGUCAGCCAUCUGUAAUUAUACGUUUUUAUCAUUUUUACUGAAUUCGGUGUCUAAAUAUGGUAUUUUUUAAACAAUUCUAAUAAGGGUGCAAGGAAUAGUGAUACGUGAUGCUAUUUCUUGUCCAUGUAAAACGUGUAAAGAGUCGGAAAAUCAACUAGAUUUGAGAAAAGUUCAGGAACCCGCAACUCGACUUUUUAACGGCUCAGAUCUUCUGUCCAGUGACUCAGAAAUCCUACGUGGUUGGCUUUUGACAACCAAGAGAACCAGAUUGUGCAAUAAAUUUUAAACUGAACGAUGUUGGCAACAAAAUGCCAGAAUAACUCAACGUAGUUCAAGUUUACUUGCGCGGGACAUACCAAAUAUGUUAUGAAUAUUUAUUCCAGGUUUUGAGUGUGAUAACAUAGUUGUGGACACUGUUUAAGAGUAAUUGUCAUUUUUCAAGUCUACAUCAUCAUUCCUCAAAUAAGAUGGGCCAGUGUUGUGGUAGGUUUUUUUUUUUAUGGUAAGUGGUUUUCAUAGUGGGUGGCUAUCAUAGUUAGCCUUGUGGGUCACUUUUGCCCGAAAGGGUAUGGUGUUUGAGCCAUCUGGGUUUUAAAAAUGAAAUGUAGUUUCUAGUCUGACGUUUUUAAGAGGAGUCUCGAUAUCCUACAUGGUUAUCGUAUUUAUAUCUUUUUAUCUUCAAACGAAUAAUGCGAGGAAAAAUAGUCACAAGUUUAUCGCUGCAGAGUAAGGAAGUAGGCUGCGAGUUAAUGAAGUCCCUCAUGUCACGGUUUGUUGAUCCCAAAAAAACAAUUUAAGAAAACAAUGAAAAAAAACAUUUUUUAAAAAAUCCUCGUGAAAUUUUACGUUCGCCAUUCGUAGUUCCUCUUAAUCUUCUCGUCAUGAAUCAUUCUUGUUUUCUUUUUCCCUUUUGGUCUUGUUAUAUCUUUGGUUUCCUUUUCUUUUCUUUUCUCUUCUUUUUUUUUUUUUUUGUUGUUUGUUUGAUUGGUUUUUCGUUCUUCAUGAACUGAUUUCUUGUUCUCACCUUCAAAAUUAAGAAAAGUUCAAAAGUCCAUUACAUCUAGGGUUGAUCGCUUUCAAGGGAAAACACCUGGUUAAGAUUAGAAUUGUUUCUCAUUUUUUUCCUCGCGCUUGCUUGAUCUUGCUGUUGGGUGCGUGCUUAUGGAAUGCGGUAAAUUUUGUCUCUCUAAGCGUAGAGGGAUUUUACCGGAAAAAGAGACUAAGUAAAGACGGAUACCCUUGUUCCUGAAACCGGAGAAACAAAACCCCGAUUGCUUUAUACUCCAUCAGUUUCUUAUCAACCUGCACAGUUUUCGCGUGAAUGCACAAUCAAUAUCGUUACAUGAUUUUGCUCAUUCUUUAACACCCUACAUACCUAUCUUGUUGUAAACAGUUCGUCUGUCUUAAAUGGAUGUUUCUCAUCGAAGUUGUGUUUUGUGCGGAUAGGCCACAAGGGUGGAAAUUCUGAAUAAACUUGCCCGAUUAAGUAGUGAACGAACGUCACAUUUACGUCAUAAAAGCGGAAAAAAGCCAGCCAGGUGCUUGGUUUUUGAGAGGUAAAUGUCUGAGGCUGUUUUAGAAAUAAUGAAUAAAAACCUCAUUUCACUUCAUUUUCCUGCACGUUUACUUCGCCAUAAGGUCAUAUGUUUUGUAUUAUUGGUGUGUGAAUAGCACCUACAUUACUUUGAUGCCUUCUCAUCGGCUUUAAACUAUGCAGGGAAGUUCAUAUUUAUUUGUAAAUCUAUCGUCUGGAGUCUCAUUAUUUGUGUCUCGGAUUACGAUGUUAUCCUUGCGGUCUGUUUUAAUUCCCUCUGGGGUUAUAAAUCGUUUCAAAGCCAUUCAGCGUUUUUCCCCGUCCUCGUAUUACUCACCCACGCUAAAAAUACAGAGAUGACAGGCGGAGAUUAGAAUGGAUGACCCUAUAAAUACAGGUCGCGCAAAUUCGUCACAGAUAGUUAAGGACAUCACCGAGUAAACACAAGAGUGAUCAGAAGAGAGAGAAUUCUAAGAGAGUUUGGUUCUUAUCAAUCGUGGCCUCUUUAUUUGGUUUAAUUACGCCCACAAAGAUGAAGGCAAAAAUCAAGAAGCAAGGUGAAAAGUGGCAAAAUUCGGUUGACACGUUGCCGCUUCCACGGAACGUUUUCAACGUGGUUGUCCUCGGUGCGGGAGGCGUAGGAAAAACGUCGCUUGUUACGCGUUUCGUCAAGAAUGAAUUUUCAGAUCGCUACAAUCCAACAGUGGAAGAUUUGUACGAGAGGCCCAUUGAGUUGAGAAAAGGUGUCAGCGCAGUUUUGCAAGUGCUAGACACGGCGGGUUCGUAUCAAUUUCCUGCCAUGAAAAGACUGACACUUCAGUACGGAGAAGCGUUCAUUAUUGUGUAUUCAGUUGUCGAUCCUGCUUCACUUGACGAGGCAGUGAAACUGCAGCAAGAAAUCUACGAGGCCAAAGGCACAGAAGAUGUACCCAUGGUGUUUGUUGGUAACAAGUGCGAUCUGACCUCAGGAACAGACAAGCGGCUUGUGAGUCAUGCCAUCGCGUCCACGCUCACUCGCGGAAAAAACUGUAUUUUGGCGGAAACUUCGGCUAAGUACAACGUGAACGUUAGCGGUGUCUUCACUGCCUUAUUGGCGCAAGUUGCACUAGCCAAUAGUCAAAGUAUAUCGAACGAGAGACCAAGGAAGAAGCGAAGUGUAGUUUCCUGAUUUGACUGAAUGCGAGGAAACGGAAUUUCAGUUAGGAACUUGUGGUUUGGUAUAUGGACUAAAGGCUCAAUACAUAAAAUUAGAUAUCCGUCUCCGCUCAUGACAUGACAUUUUCGUGUUGAACUUGACAUAUUAUUGCAAAGAGUUGCUACAAUGUUGCGCAACGCCUUAAGGGCAUAGCAAAUGUCCACUUUUCCAUGGUCAUGUGCGCCCUUUCCACGGUUAUGCGCGCAAUUUGCUUAGAAUCUCGUGCUCAGAAUUUAACUUAUUUAAAAUGCUAUGAACUUAUUUGUAAAUAGACAUGAAGAAAUGAAUCAAGAAUGAGGAAAAAAGACAAAAUAUUCUUUAAACGACAUCCUUAAAACAUUAUACCAAUAAAGAAAGAUAGUGCCAUAAAAUUUUAUCACGUGGCAGUUUUCGGUGUCACGCGCUGCUGAGUAAGUAAGUAAGUUAUUCAUGGCUCGUGAUAUGGUCUGAUAUUACUUGACAAGUCAGCGUAUUUGCAGUUAUGAACAUUACAGAUUUCCUAAAGCAUGUAACUCCUUGAAAAUACUUAGUCAUGUAGAGGAUCUGUGUUACUUCAAUUAAAUGCCUUGUAAAUAGCUGUAAAAAUGAAAAUUACUUGUACAGAUUAAUUUAAGUGAUACAACAUUGUAAUUAUAAAGAUCUCACCAAAAAAAUAAAUUAUUCAAGGUCAAAUUUUGUGGAGA